AUGUCUGGCUACGGGCGGUAUAGAUCGCUCCGGGCACCGCCACCACCACCGCAUGAGAGCUUGCGCCGCCGCAUCGCCUCUUGGGCGGGUCAGGAGGAUCGGCCUCCCGUCGACUGGUUCCCCACCGGGCAUCACCACCAUCAUGGCGUCGGCGGCGUCGUCGGCGGCGGCCACGGGGGUCGAGCGGACUCGUCCGACACGGCGAGCAUGUCAUCGCGGGGGCGGUGCGACUCCGGCGGUUCGACGCCAGGGGAGAGCAGCGGGAGCUUCGGUGAGGGAGCCGGAGGCGGGGGCAGCACGACAACAACAACAAGCGCACCGCCCGGCGGCGGCGGCGGCGGCGGCGGCAAGCGCAGCCGGAAACGGGACUGGUUCAAAGUCCUUCUCGCCGCGCGCAACCUGGCGACGUGCGUGUACGCGGUGAGCUACACCACCACCAUGCCGGUGCUUCCCUUCAUGGCGAACCGGCUCAUCUACCCGCGAGGCCCCGACGGCGCUGGCGACCCCGGGUCGGAAGGGGUGCGGGAGGCCUGGAGGGGGAUGGCCUACGGCCUGGUCAUGUCGGGCUACUACUUGACCAAGAUGAUCUCCGCGCCGUGGAUAGGGUUCCUGAGCGACAGGAUGGGGCGGCGGCAGGCGCUGGUCGUGACGCUUCUCGGGGGAGCGCUGUCCUUCCUGGUGACGAAGCUGUGGGGGCAGUACAGCAUCCACGGGCUCAUCAUGUGCCGGCUGCUGAUGGGGUGCUUCGCGGCGAACGGCGCUCUAAUGCACGCCUACAUCAGGGAUACGGUACCGCCAGAGUGGCAAUCGUCCGCGUUUUCGCAGCACUCGGCGUCGUGGGGUUGCGCUUACCUGGCGGCGCCGGCGCUGAUCGCGUGGGCGGGUGACAGCGCGGACGCUAUCCUGACGGUGGCGACGAUGACCAUGAUCAUCUCCGCGGCGAUAGUGGAGAUUACGUUCGUGGACACGCGACCGGAGGGCUGCCGCACGCAGCGGAUGAGCCGCGUCGUGAGCGAUUACCUGCUGGAGGGGGCCAGCAACCUGGCCGAGGUGGCUAUCGAGGGCGCUAGGGAUCUUGCGGAGGUUGGCAAGAAGGUGAGCGGCGUAAACCUGGCCGAGUACUUCAACGGCGGGAGAGAAAGAGACACACCGUCGCUGUCGUUGCCGCCGCCGCCACCGCCUCCCGCCGUCGGCGGCGGCGGCCUGGGUUUGCGACAGAGCAGCGGCACGGCGGCAGGAGGGGUCGUUGAUCUCGGGGGUUCCGGGGGGGGGGAAGGGUUGCGGCAUCGAAACGUGGGAGGCGGCGGGUCGGGCUCAAUAGGAGUCGAUGCCCAGACGAACGGGUUUGGUGGGAGAGGAGCGGCGGACGGGGGGGCGGGGGCUCGCUUAGACGUUCCCGUAGAGGCAUCCGCCGGGGUUUGCGGGGUCGGAGAGCUACCGGCGGCUGGCGGGGCGAAGGGCAAAGGGGCCGGCGAAGGGAGAAAAAUCCUCGCCGAGGGGAUGUCGGCCAGCGCGCUGGUGGGCGUGUUCAAGGGCAUGAUGAAGGAACGGCUGGUUCUCGUGACCUUCGUGCUGCAGGCGGUUAGGCCGGCGCAGGACCUCGCGCCGCUGGUGGCGCUCAAAUUCUCCGGGGGCGCCUCGGUCCUCGCGGGCAUCACGAGCUCCCGGUCCCUCUGCCGCGUGCUGGUGCCGAUGACCCCGCUCAUCCCGUGGCUCGUGAGGCUCGCGGGGGGAUCGUCGAGCGCGGGCGCCGCGGCAAAGAUGGGAGGCGACCGCGCCGUGGCGGCCUUUAUGUGCGUGCUCAUGGCGGGGCUCGUUGCCUGCGUCCCCGCGGUGGGGACCCUUCGGGAGUUGCACCACCUGAUGGCGUUCAAGGGGCUGUGCUACAUCGUCCGGGAGUCGACGGCGGGGGCGGUGAUGGCGAGGGCCGCGGGGACGGCGAGCGUGGGCGCAUUCUUCGGCUGGCAGCACUGCAUAAAGGGGAUCCAGGGUACGUUCUCGCACUUCUUGACCGGGUGGCUGUCGGGGUACUCGAUCUCCCUGCCGUACUACGUGGUGGGGAUCUGCGACUUGUUGUACGCGUUUACCUACUUGUAUAUCUAGAAUUUUUGUUUUUUUGGUCGCCUGUGUUUUUUUUUUUGUCUUGAAAAAAUUGAACACGGAGGCUGCUCGCUUUCAGACCUGAGAAGAUGAAGACUCGGAGGCUUGAUUGGUUUACCCGUCGUCUGGCGUGUGCUUUCGGUAUCACCCCGUAGCCAAGGCAUGGAUGCGUUACCCCCGGAGUAAAAUAUGCCACCGCACACAGUAGCAUUAUUAGAGAAGCCCAUCAGUGUCAGAAGAACGCAGGUGGGGGGGGCGGGUUAGAGGAUGUGGGCGAUGCCGGUGUGACUUCCCCCGCGCUCACGGCAUUUUUUGGAGUGUGAUGGACAUGGCCGAACGGAGAGCACUGGAUGCCUUGAUUGACCUCUGCUACUGUAUCGUUGUCGUGGUCGGUGUUGUGUGGUGGUUGCGUUCUUGUCGGUGUGAAAAAACACGUAUUUUCAUUCAUUCACCACCUGUGAUAGCCAGCUCGGCGCGCCAAGCGAUUGUGGCGGCGGUGACUUGCUUGGCAACGCGAGCUUUGAUUCUUGCUUACCCCCCCCCCCCUCGCAAACGAUCGGUAUCUUCGCACCCCCUGUAGAUACAAAAAGAAUUUUACUUAUUUCGUUUCGACAAGACACCAAGCACACGAAGUGAAUGGACUGCUGUUGUCGUUGAUCAGCGGCUGCGGCGGGAGUUUUUUUUCUUUUUCUUUUUUGUGUUAGCCUGGGAUACGCUUUGGGGGGUGGGGAUAGCUCUCGUGGGUAGGGCUUGGUUGGUUGCUGCUGCGGCCGCAGCGUGCGUCAUCCAAGCGCUGCAGGCGUGUCAUGUUUCUGGGACUCUCCUUGUUUAAGUUUUGCCGCCUGGGUGUUGGAACGUCCCAGCGUGACGACGAUGCACAAGUCGGCCCAAAGAACCAAGUACGUACGUGUGUGUCCUACGGAGGGUGAGGUCAUAUGGUGUGUCCUGCAGGACGACAAAUCUUGAGCAGAAGGACUUUGAUGUUGGUGUCGAAGGGGGUCUGUCUGCCGGUUGUUGCUGUUGUAGUGCCCUUGUACCGCGGCGGGGGGGGGGGUUGUGUUUUCCCUUGUAUUUCUGGACUCGCUCUCAUCCUAGCGAACGAAGGAUAGGAAGUCAUCGUGGUCAUGGUGUGGUUGUUUCGACGUUUCGCACAGCGAGCGUGCCGCAGCCAUUCUCACCACCACCACCACCGAAGGGUUAUUGGUGGUGGGUGGUGUGGUACCCGUUUUGUUUGGUGCUUAUUUUUGUCUGUGUCGAUCAAACGAGGAGAAGGGUCGGGGGUCAGGGCGCGCGUAUGAAAAGCAUGACUUCGCUUCGGAAAUAAUUGCACCAGAGACCACGCACUUAACGCUACUAACAUGUACCAUAUAUAUGUGGCGUGUUAUGCAUAUGCAUAGACUAUUUUAUGCGUGGAUUGAACGAUCGACAUCUGUGCCUGUGUGCCGACCUUGGUUGAAUGGUCCACGUGUUGCCGUUUCCGUAAAUAUUGAGAGCAGCAGGUGGGUGGUGUGGUGUGGUUGGUGUGUGACGUAGACAAUGUUAAGGAGAUGCGGUGCGUGUUCGGGGUUCAGAUUUGCACGUCAGAAGAUGUGACGGAGUAGUUUAUUCCGGCUGUUUUAUGAUGCAAGGAGAGAUCAUUAAGGGCCCACGACAAGAGAGCGAGAACGAACAAGCCUUGUCGUAAAACAAUCAACCGUAGGAUGUCUAUGCAUACGUGCAUACGUACGCUUUCGCAGGUUGAUUGCUUGUUGCCUGUACCCCUCCUGUUCGAUCGGGGGCUUGCAAUUUACUAGCUGGAUAUGACAGGAGAGAGGUGUCGCA